GGGUGAGAUCGGCCCAGCGCAGGAGAGCCCCCAGAACUGUACAGCUGGAAUAAUCUUCCUCAGAGCGUCCAGCAGCCACGGUUAAAUAGAAUGGAUGUAGUGAUUGAAUGUUCGGGGGAGACAGAGAGAUGCCCGAUUGGAUUGGUCUGGUCAGAAUGUGUGUUUCUCCAUUCCGUCCACUCUUGUUAUCAGUGGAUCGUCUACUUAUGGUUUAGCGCGGGGUUGGCGGUGGCUUUCUUCGCGUCUUUGGACACCGCCUUUACAACAACAACAACAACAACACUUGGGAUAUCUUCAUUUCAUUCAUCUUCAGGUUCUUCCCAACUCGUAACUCACUCCAGUGGCUACUGCAUACAUGGAUAAUUAGGCAAUGAUGGCACAGAUGUCACCAGUCAAAUUCAAUUUAUACCAGUUUCUCACACCACAGCGCAUCUCAAACACCGUCCCCAAUAUA